CUUGACGAGCAGCAUACCGUACCGCGUCGCGCGAUUAUUUUGUUUCACACGAAGGAAAACUUAGUGAUUAAUACACCGUUUACCCAUAGUGAUUUUAUUUCAUCGAUCGUGAAGAAAAUCAAUUUUGGUGUGAUUAUUAUUCAUUGUUGCCUUCGGUUGUAGAAAAAUUUAUAGUUUUUCACAAUUAGUUUUUCGCGCUGUUUGUGUUGAAAUUAAAGUGAAGUGAUUAGUUCUUGUUUAUUUUUAAUAUUUGGCAAGAAAUUUUCUUUUGGUUUCUGUUCGGAAAUUGUUCGUAAACCCGCUUCAAGUUCAACCCUAUUUGGAAUUAUGUCUACAAUUGAUAUCGUAUCAAAAUCCAGUAUGUCGGACUUCGACAAUUAUCUUUUUGAGGACUCAAAACCGAUGCCAUGGCACGACGAGAUGGAGCCGAUCCACCGGCCGAUCUCGCAGCCCUCAGUCCGCUCGGGGAACCCGGGCGCCUUCGACGAGCACCACCACCACAGCGGGAAGUACCCCUCGUACCACCACGGCUCGCAGCACAAGCGCCUGGACCGGAGCCACUCGGAGCCCAUCUCGAGGACCCCGGCCAACGUGAACGCCACCCGCUACAAGACGGAGCUCUGCCGCCCCUACGAGGAGAACGGCGGCUGCAAGUACGGCGACAAGUGCCAGUUCGCCCACGGCUUCCACGAGCUCCGCUCCCUCUCGCGACACCCCAAGUACAAGACGGAGCUCUGCAAGACCUUCCACACCUCCGGCUUCUGCCCGUACGGACCCCGCUGCCACUUCAUCCACAACGCCGACGAGACCCGCGCCCUCGCCCCCCGGGAGUCCCGCAAGCCCAAACCCGGGCCCUUCUACCUGCCGGCCGCCCCUGGCUCCUUGGCCGACUCCCUCUCGCCACCCCCGAGCAUCUCUUCCGUGUCCCCGCCGCCCUCGGCCACAGCGAACACCGCCUUCAGCUUCGCGCCGCUGGUCAAGUUCACGCCGCCAGACUCCCCGAUGGACUCCUACUCGCCCGCCUCCUCGCCGUCGCCGGUCGGGUCCCCCGUCUCCGAGUCCAGACUGCCCGUCUUCAACCGCCUCAGCGGCCCGCCCGUCGUGUCGCUGUCGUUGCACCACCACUUCAGCGGCGAGCUCAUGGCCCAGUGAGCGCCCGCCGCCCUCUUCCACCCGUGAACGCUCGUUUUCCUUAUGACAUUCACCGGAGCUCGUGCGACGAGAGCCAGCUGCACGCAGAGAAGACGCAACUCCUCUUGCUCAAAACCCCGUCUCGAGCUGCGUCGUCGUAGCCAGUCGCGAUUCUUCCAAGUUGGCAACACUGGUUUUUCCUCCGUUUGAAUGUACGUUGGACAAUCGAUUCUAGGCGAAGCAGCCUGCAUCGCCCAGAAUCGAUAUAUUCAUUGGAUUUAGAUGGAGUAAAACUAGUGCUGCCAACCAGAGGGCAUCGCCACUGGUCGAAGCAUUUCGCACUCUUCGUGUUUCCCGUGUGUAGGAUCAACUCCCGCGCUAAGGAGGAAUGUUCUACGAACCUUCCCAUGUCGCCGAAUUUCAUCCAAAAAACAUGCGUUUUUUAAAAAAAAAUUGUGGAUAUGUCUCUCUGCAAAGUUUUCGGACUGUGUUGUUCUCAAUGCAAUCAAACUCCUCUGAAAUUUUCAUUGCUUUUCCGGAAAACAUUUCACAUUUUUGAUGACAAAUUACGGCAACGUUUGAAUGCUCGUAUUCUUAUUUCUCCUUAACGUGGUGGAGUAGUGUACAAGUCAUCUACUUUUAACGAUUGUGCAACGCCUCAUCUAUUUUGUAAGUCGUCAAAAUGCUCUUAUCAUGGAUUAGAAUCAGCCUGUAUCAACUGUAUGACAAUUUGCCUAGUUCCCUCUCGUGUUCAUUUUUUUGACAGGAGAGUUAGCAACAUUUUACCGAGAAAUUUUGUGAGAACGUACUUGUAGUCGGAAGGAAAAUCGGAGCGAGUUUCAACAGAUUAUAUUGUUAAGUUUUCGGUCGAGAAAAUGAACACGAGAAAAAAGUAGGCAACUUGUCAUACAAUUAAGCUGAUCUUGGUCGAAGCUGUCCAUUUUUCAACACCUCACGGACGAAUCCUCUCAUCAAUCGAAUUUGCGAGGGGAUUAUCUUACAAAAUAUUUACUUUUACCCGGGCCCUCUAAGGUCUGAAUAUACAGUCACGUGAUGAUGAAUUGUUACAUGGAGUUGUGCAUUUUCGAUCCUACACGCCUCAUUUGGUCCGCAGCACGAUUUUUUUUAAGACUGUCAGCCACUUCCUCCCUCGAGAUUUGGUAUUUCUUUUAAGUGCGUAUAUCCUCCCCCUUCGUGGAGGCCUAUAGUCACCUCCCAACUAGUCCGGUGCGUAGCUUUCGUCGCAGCAGCUCAACUUGACAUUGCCUUCGUUUUGAAAUCAUCCAGAGCUCGUCCAGGUGCAAAAAGGGUCUCGCAAGGGAUCGAUCUUAAGGGUCCGCGCGCAAGUGUUACCAGGUAGCUCAUUACCUACCCAUCUUUUUUUUCGUUUCCCAAGCUCUUCAUUUCUUUUCUCUCCUCGAAGAGUGUUCGCCAUGAUCGAAUGUUGAACUUGUAUAUUUCCUUGUUCUUUAAAAAUGUUCAACUUAUGAUCAUCGUAUCCUCGCUCCUCUAUUUCCAUAUUAUUCUUAUCGCCAGAAGAGAAAGUGCUUCCCUUCCAAAAAUUGUUGCUCCUCUGAUGGCACGGUUUUUUGGCCCCUUUUCAUGUUCAUGCAACGUGGUUCUAUUUUCCUAUUUUUUUGUACUUUUCCGUCUCAUGGAAAAGUAACAAUUGCCCAUAAUACUAUCUCCUGGAAUCAUGAAUCUUUUCCGAAGUUAAUGCAGAUUUUUGUCCUUUUUCAUAAAAUUCCCUUUACCUUUCCUCGUGGACCCUAAAUAUCGCCCUUGAGCGAGCACUUUUCUGCACAUUUUGUAAGAAUCUUUCUUGAAUUUGGUACCUAUUUGCAUUUGAACGCAAGUUUUCGCUCAUUUGGUUUUUUUCUACCCGGAAGUUCUCCCCCAAUUUCUCAAGAAGCUUUUUAUUUUGGAACUGUAAUCCACGAUAUUUACUUUGUAGAAAGAGCUUUGUAUCAUUUCUUCUCUUUGGCUUCAUUUAUGGAAGAAUCGUGUCAUUUUUUAAACAAAAAUUGAAUUGUUUUUAUUUAUUACUACAUUUGUUUAAUUUAUUUUAUUUAUUUAUUUUCUACCAUACUUAGAUUAUUAAAAGUUAAUUAUAAUCAUUGUUUUUAUGUAAAUUACUGUAAUCUACAUGUAACUAUGAAAUGUUUGAAAAUUUUUUAUCAAGAGCGAACUGUUUUUACGUUCUCGUACAGUUAAACGUUUGUUGUUUAAGAAACUUAUUUUAAUUUAUUUAAUUUUAAUUCGAUUAUUUCAAAGCCAAAUGUGAUCUUAGACGGUUAAGUAAUGAAUUAAAAGUAAUUUUUGCACACAAUUUUCAGUCGAUAGGUAUGGAUACUGCUGAUUGACCAGAAUAUAAUCAUCAUUCAUUUUGAAGUUAAUUCGCAAGCACUUUUUUUUCUCAUUUUUUUAUCGUUUGUUAAAAGACCCAUGCCUUGAUACCAUGGAAAAGUUUUUAAAAUCCGAUGGUAUCACAGUCUCUCUCGCCCCCCCCCCUUCCCUAACUUAGUCAGGUGUAUCCCUCAUUGUCCCUGCACUCCAAAUCCGAGUGCGUUUUGUGUUAAGUAAUGUUUGUAUUACUUCCUCCUUUUUUCAUAUUUGUUUGUGAUAAAUUUUCUACUGCCUUGUUUAAUUUUAUUGAAAUUAUCAUUGAGAAUAAUUUUUACAACUUGAUCCAAGAACACGCUCUGUGUAUUCUCCAAUACUACUUAUCAGUUCCCUUUUUUGUUUUACUACUCGGAUGUAAUUUUAUAAUCCACCUCUUUUUCUACUAAUUGUUCCCCUCUACAGUUUGCGUUGGCAUUUGCUGAUGACGAUAAUCCAACACUUUCUUAUCGGAAGCUUUAUUUCAAGUCGGUGCUGAGCCCUUGAUCCAAGAGGACUUAUGCUUUUGUAUCCUACCUUGAUUUGUGGCCUCAAAAUUGACCAAUGGUAAUUUGUGCUUUUGUACAGGGUGUAAUAUUGUCCAAUCGACAAUACUUUAACUUAUUUUAGUUAGUCUAAGAAAGCGUUUCGCUCCUAAUUUAUUGAACAAACUCCAUGUCCACCAGAAACUUAUUUUUCAAUACAUGAUGCGCACUAGUUCAACAAGCAUCUUCCUUUCGUUAAGUGAACCAAUCAAAACAAUCAUUUUUAAAGAACCAUUUUUGUAGAUAUUUCCUUUUUUUAGUCUCUUGUGAAUACAUACUUAAAUUUUACUAUCUCAACUUUUGUACGCUCGCCGCGCACGAUACUAUAAAGUAAGCAUAUUAUUUUUGUGUCUUUAACUAACUUAUUUUUUUCUUACGAAUAAAAAUCCCUCCCCUCUUUAAAUUAAACUCUCAGCCUUUCAAUGUACUUGUAAAUUUGUUCACUACAUGUAUAUACCUCCAGUAAAUGUAAUCGUCCUGUUCUGUGAUGUUACUCAAGUUUCAGUGUAGCUUUUUUGUAUUUUUGUUUUUCCAGCUCACUGCUACCAAGUGAUGUACUUGCAUUUCAACUUUCUGUACACUUUUUUUUUUAAAUUUUGUCCUAAUUUUUUCCAUAUCUGUUAAGUUGCCUUAGCUAGAUAUCGAAAAAUGAACCUGUGCAUCAUCUCACUACAGAAUUAUAGCUUAGAACACCCUGUAUCCUCUUUAAAAGCUUCAUAGAGUUCGAAACGGGAAGGAUUUUUUUGCGCAGUAGCAGUUAAAUUGAAUCUUCAGUUCUUAAUAAUUCCUCUUUUUUUAUCCAUCCUAAUUAUCAAACUAGUACGAGAACAUUAGCAAGUUCAGUUUUUUUCUUCACUUUUAAGAAAUUUGAGUUUUAAAAUAAUUUUACGUUUUUUUCAACUCCUCCAAAUAGUGUGCUGAAAUUGCAACAAUAAAGGAUGUAUCAUUUUAAUUUUUGGAAUCAUAUUUCAAUAGUCAAUAUAUUUUAUUAAUUCUUUUAUUUUCAAAGUUUUCACUGUCAAUUUUUUUUCUUCUUUUUUUUAAUUGAUUUUGCGAGUUCACUGUGUUUUAAUUUUAAAUUCAGAUUUUCUCUCCUCUUUAUUCUAGCAUAUUAUAUGAUUACUCUAAUUUUCCGCCACACUUAACGCACAAAAAUACGUGCCAACAAAUACGCAAGUAACAACAAAAACUUACUUUUUGUCUGUUUGCAAUGUAGGAUUAUCUUUCCUCAUUUUUUGCCGUAAAAUAAAAAGUAGAGAAAGAGAUGUGAAAUCACCCGAUGCUGAGUCAAGAUCAUCAUGCCGAACAUUUCAUAUUCAUUCCGUUUAGUUCGUCGCGUAUUUUAGCCCAAUACUUUCUUUCCAUAUUCUCAAACGUGAUUCUCCUUAGUAGCAAAUCAGUGUUGUUCACACGAGAAACACGAACAGUACCCUUGCCAAAUUUGGUCUUUUUUAAUUCUUGUCUAUUACCAAAAACAAUUGUGCCUUUUCAUUUAAAAAAAAAUUGAAACCCAUAUUUUCUUCUAAUUUUUUAAAGAAAUUAUUUUUUUACUAUGCGGCUCCCCAAAGAGUUAAUUCAUCCACUGAUUUUGCAAUUUCUCAAAAUGAGGUAAAACGGUUCUUCCGAAUGCACUAAGCUCUCGUGAGAAAAAAUCCCUAUUGCUUCUUGUCUUUAAUUUACCAUGUUCAGUACGUCUCUUUUUCUUUUUUUAUUUUCCUCUUCAAUUGUAAUUUUUCCUCAUUUUUCUUACUUGGCAUAGAUGUUGUUUUAAUUUAAAUCGAGCACAUUUGCUCGACACAGCCCUCUUGACUAAAAUCAGUUUUCAGGCUCUGACGACUCAAAUUCUUUGAGGCAUACAUCUGUUUAAUUUUGCAUUUAUAUUUCUUCCGAUUUUGAGCUGCUCUUUAAUCUGUAGAGUCUUUAAAAUAAUGAAGUUUUAAUUUCAAAAUGAAGUUACAAAUCUUGCAGCAUAAAUACAUUUUUUUUUCUUUUUUUAGUCAUUAAGAUCCAAAGAUUACUACCUCUUCCGAUCAUCCCUCUAUUUUCCAUUUGGCCCUAAACUAUCUGGCCUCAAAACAAAAAUUUGGGGAUUAUAAAUGAAAAGCUUCUCUAAGCUCAGCUCGCUCAUGUCAGCAUGGAAGUCGGUAGGUGUGUCAUAAUUUCAAAUCAAUGAUUCGUGACCCUCGAUAAUACGGAAACUCUGUCUAAGGUUUUGUGCAUCAAAAUUUUGGCGUCAAAUUUUUCAGUCCUCAAAGAUACCCGCCAGUUUUUAAGUUCUCUUUUUAUGUUUUAAAUUUUUUUUUAAAAAAAUGAAUUAUUUAACAAAGUCCCCGUAGCUUGGUUCGCGGCCUUGUGAGUUACGUUACCUAUUCACAUCGUUAAAUCGAUGAGAGAGUUGGAAAUAACCGAGGGCAAGCAACGAAGUUUCUGUUUCCUCGUCAAGUAUUAGUGUGGCUAUCAUUUGCACUCGUAUUCUUCAAUAUUCUGAAAAUGUGUGUACAUACCAGCAUUUUUUGUAACUACCUAACCUUAUUUACGCUCAUUGAAUUAUCACUCAGGCUUGUAGGAUAUUGCGAUGUUUCGGAAAGAGACACGAACCUUUCAUUAGUUUAUGUCAAUUGUAGCGUGCUCGUACUAUCCAAGUAUCAUUCGUUGAAUCCCAGUAUAGCACAAGCCUGCUCCUUCUAUGUUUAUUUAUUUAUUGAUUAGAAAGUAACAAGAAAAAUAUAUGAUUUGUUAUCGUGUUGUUUUUAUGUAUCAUCAUUAUUUUUACAUGUUAGUUUUUUUCUAUAAUUUUUAUACUUUUUUUUAUCGUGUUCUCCUCUUCUUUCGUUUGCUCUUUCACCUUUCCCCCUUCCUGUCUCCAUUUUUCGUCUUCCUUUUUUCCUCCUUUGUUUGUUUUUUGAGCUUUCUAUCUCUGUCUUAAAGAAGUUAUGCUGCUCCCGACCCUCCCACCGCAAGGGUCGUUUUUAUUCUUUCUAACUGACUCAAUGUUUGUAUUUUACGAAUAGGUAUGACAAAUUAUUUUCUCUAUUUAAUCCUUGUAUUUACGGUUUAUCCUCAUUUGUUUAUUUAUUUGUCGUAACUUCUCAAAAUAAAUCUUAUUUAUUUUUAUUUAUUAA